AUGAAUAAUAAAUAAAUUGAGAAAGCUGCAAUUCAGGAAAUUAGUAUUUUUGAAAAGCUAAGCCUCAUAAAUCAAAAGUUUUAUGUAUAAAAGCUAUACUUCUUAGUUUAAAAUUACAAGCGUCACUUAGGUUUAGGGUAUGCAAUAGUCUUCAUAAAAUACCUAUUUUUAAUUGUUUCUUCGAACAACUAAUAUAUUGUAGAUUAAAUUUAAGUUUCAGAACCAUAUUUACUAUAGAUAUGUUAAGUUAAUAUGCAAGCUUUUCUAAAGAAUAAUGCAUAGUUUUCUUUAUCACUAGAGAUAGUUGGAUUAACGCUUAAUUUUACUCUAAUUGCGUUUUUGCUUAUAGAAUAUUUUUUAUUUAUAGUGAUUUAGUAUCAGUAAUACAACAAAAGCAUAACAUAUAAUUAAAUAGCAGGUUUUUCUAUUAAUGUAAAGCAACUAACAGACCAAUAAAUUAGCUUUUCAUAAAAUGAUCAAAAAAAUUCUAUGGUUGAUUAUUUAAGGAUUGUUUUCUCUUGCAUAUUUUAAAUAUAUAUUGAGGUAUUCGUUAUACCUUUAAUAUUUAUUUCAAGUGUAAGUCAGUACAGUUCAUUGCGCUAUACUCUCUUGGCAUCUACAUAUUUUAUUGGUCUGAUAAAAGAGGAUUCUGAUUACGAUUAUUCACUUUAAAGUAAUGAUGCCUUAGCAAGAAAAUAUUCAAAGUUUUCAAUUUUCUCUUAUACAGUAGAAUUUAUACUUAUAUUUUUAACACAAAUAAUUUCAGAUGAUUUAAAGAGUAUCAUUCUACUGAUCGUAUUUGCUUUACAUCUCACUAAAAAUGUUUUCCUUCGACUUUAUUACAACUAUUAAAUUCAAAGAAUUUUUAAUAUUUGCAGCAUAUAUUGUAUACUUUUAUCUGCUACUUUGUCUAUAUCAUUGAAGAUCAAUAAUCGCCCAGCUAAUUUGAUCUGUUUUUUAAUUAUUAUUUUCAUGCCAAUUUCAAUUAAAAUUUCUAUGUUUUUAGAAGAUUUUCAAGUUCAGUGGAUUAAUAAAAAUGUUCCAAUAAUUUAAAAGAUUUUAUUUGAAAAUGAACUAAAAGAGGAAAAAAGCGAUUAUAUUUAAUAUGGAAACGAGUCUAUUUUAGAUCCAAUAAUUAGAAGGGUUUACUGUAAUAAUAACUUUAGUGAAGAUAUCCUUGUUUACAGUAUUAUCUGUAAUUAAAAAAUGAAUGAAAAGUAGUUAUUGAAAGAAUAAAGAGAGAUAUAAGUAAAUUCAAAGUCAAUCGGUCGUUUGUCUAAUUUUUCUCCAAGUAAGAAAAAAAUGUCAUAGAAUUUUGACUUUAAUGAGUCUAUUGCCUUUGGGUUAGAAAGCGGUCAAUUGUCAUCUAGAUAUCUAAAUCCACAAGAAAAUUAAUCAAGCAAUAUUUAGAAAGGAGAUUAUUUUAUUAAUGAAUAGACCAUAGAUGGUACCACCUUUAUAUCGAAAGAGUAAGUAUAUGGUGAAGACAUAAAUUUAAAAAUUGCUCUUCAAAGAAUAUUUCAAAAAUUAUUUAAUAAGCUCUCAAAAAAUCAAAAUUCAAAUGACUAAGAAAGAUGCUCCUUUCUUUAAUUAAUAUUUAUUUUGCAAGUACUUAAGAAUUAUUAAUUAUUCCUACUUAAAUAUUAUCAGUAUACCUAACAGGAUAAGACAUCUUUAAAGAAUAAACAAAAAUAUUAUACUCUCUUCCAAAUAUUUUUAUCUUAAACUUUUGGUAACAAAGAAUUUGUUUCUAAUAAUGAAAAUGAUAUUCACUUCUCAAAUGGAUUUUUACUAGGAAUUAGUUUUGAGGAAAGCCUCAAAGAAUGCUAUAUAAUUUUAGACAAGGCUGUAAAUUUAAAGGCGGAGAUAUUAUACACUAUGAAAUAAAAAUAUAUUGAGCUCAGAUAAUUGAUAUAAAAGCUAAGAAGUCUUUUAUAAUUGAGAGUAAUUCUAAGGGAUAAGCUAAAUGAGCUAGCAUUCUUAAACCAACACAACACAAGCUUGCAGUUUAUUUAUUCUGUUUAUCUUGACUGUCUUUCUUUUACAGAUAGAGAUAUUCGCAUUAAUUAUAGUAAUUAUCACACUAAGAAUUUGAAAAAGCAAUUUAAUUUAAUUGGAUAAGUCAAUAAUAACUCAAUUAUUAAUCUCCAAACCAAAAAUUUGCUAACUAAAAAGUUAUUCAACAAAGAUAUUGGAAUUUCAUUUAUAUCUAUGGUUGAUGAAAAGAACUCUGUUAUAAGGAAAGUAUCAGCUAAUUUUUGUAGAAUCUUUGAAAGAAAUGAAGAGGAGCUUAUUGGGCGCAAUAUUGAAGUACUAAUGCCAAGAAUUUUCCAUAAAACUCAUCAAAUGUAUGUACAAAAAUGCAUAAACGUUUUCAAUAGUGCAAACCUUCAUAAAUCUAUUAUGUUUGGAGUAACAUAGUAAGGAUUCAUAAUUCCUAUAGAAAUUUCCUUAAAAUAUACUUAGAUAUCUACUUAAAGUGAAUUUGGUAUGAGUACAUUAGUUAGAAGUAAAAAAUCACAAGGUUUAGAAUACAUUUUAUUCAAUCACCAGAACAUGUAAAUCGUAGGAGCUACUCAAUAACUUCAUCAAAUUGUUUUUUCUAAUUUUAAAGAUUGCAGAAUGAUAGAAUUACAAAAAUAUUUCCCUUUUAUAAAGCCUUUCCUUAAUAAUUAAUAAUUAGAUAAUAAUUAAAAAAUAAUCUAGCCUAAUUCAAUUGCAUUAAUUUAAAAAAAUAACAAUCAACAGCAAAAAAUAUAAAACUCUACUUUAGAAAACUCUAAUUCUUUUUAAUUAAUACAAAAUAGUGAAGUUAAGAUAUACUUGUAAGAAAGUUCAAAUGAUUUACUCAAUAAUUUCCAUUAGAAAGAAAUAAAUUUUCUUUUAAUAAUUGAUAAACAAAAAAAUGAAGCUAAAAUAUAAAAUUCUUUUGAAUUCUAUAAUAUGAAAAUACAAAUUCAAAAAUUAUAAGCAGAAUUAUAGAAUUUAAUGUACAUAUAAAUGUCUAACCUUCAUUAGCUGAAUUUUGAAAUAAAUGGUAUCUAGAUUUUAUCUAUGCUUAAAAGCGAAGAAUCUAAUUUAUACACUAAUAAAACUAGCUUCCACAGAGAUGAGAUUGAUAAAAUUAUUCAGCAUUUAAUUUUAGUAACACAAGAUUAAAAUUACUCAAACAAUUCAAUAUCUGAAAAAAAUGAAGAAGAUGAGUGCUCACUACGAAAAUCAAUGCAUAGUAGAUAAAGUAAAAAAGAUAAACUUGAAAAUAAUAAUUCUCCUAUUAAUCUUUAAUCCUCUCCUUAGGUAUUUUAAUUAUCUCCUUUGCUAAGUCCUCUUGCUAUAAGCAUUCAAGAUAUAAAUGGAAAACCUAAUAACUACAAUCAAGUUGCAAAAAAUAGUUAUUUACAAGCUUAACUUAAAAAUUUUUCUAUAGAUUAAUAGCAAGUGAUACUUUCAUAAACUAACCAAGAAACUCAUUUGAGCCAAAAAAUUUUACUUAGUGACCCAAAUAUUUAUAAUAAUUUUUUAUCAAAUAAUUAACUUUUUAGUUAAGAUGAAAUCUUUUAAAGUGCUAUUAAUUCUCCUAGACCUAUUGAAAUAACAGAUUUACCAUUUUAGAAUCUUAAUUAUGAAUAAUUAAUGACAAAAAGUAAUUUAGCAUUACAGCAAAAGAUAUAAAAAUAAUUAGGAAAGGGAGAAUAAGAAGUAUCUAGUUCCAUAUACUCCAAUAAAAUAGAUGAUAAAUCUAUUUAACAUAGGACAACAAUAAUCUCACUUCAAAAGGAUUAGACUCAUUCUUAAAUACAAAAGCUUACUAAUAGCUAGCAAUAACUAUUAAAUUAGCAAAGAUUCUUCUCAAAGCCUAAUUAGGUAAAGUAGCUCUAACUUGAAAAUUCAGAAAAGAAAGGGAACACUUCAAAAGCAAGAAAAAAUAUAUUUGAUCUUGCUGACGAAGAUGAAGAUCAAGGAUUGAAAGAUAAACUAGACCAAUGCUCCACCCAUUCAAGAGAAUCUAGUAUUGUUAGUACUAGGAAUACACUCUACAGAAUAAUAAAUACAAAGAAAUCACUUUCUGUGAUGAGAAUAAUAAGCGUCGUCGGGCUAAUUUGCAUAGCAUUAAUUAUAGCUGUUACAAUUCAAUAAUACAUUAAUUGCUUAACUAUUUUUAAUGACUAAAUUGAUGAUCUAAAAAUGUUUGAUUGGCCUAUCUCUAUUGCAAGUGAAAUGGCUCUAAUGCAAAAAAAUGAAAAUUUAUAAAAUCUUAUUCAAGCAAAAGCAUUUAACUCAACACCAGCAUACAAUUUGUAACUGCUUAAAAAUUAAUCUUUAAGUGAGCUCAAUGCAUCUUUUAACUCAUAUUAAGAUUUACUUUCUGAAAUGGAAUCCCCUUCUGUUAAGAGAUAGAUAUUUUAAUUCGUUAGAAAUCAAAACUUUACUUUUGGUUUUGUGUCAUAAGUUAUAUAAAGAAAUAAUUAUAAUUGUAAUAAAAAUUAAACAGGCAACGGAAAUUAGCAAAGUUAAACUAAUAGUACGAAUACAAAUUAAAAUAAUACUUCAACAGGAGGAGCUCAAAAUUAAGGAAAUAGUACAGGUUCAGGUACAGGGACAGGAACAGGGACAGGUACAGGGACAGGUACAGGGACAGGUUCAGGUACAGGAAGUAGUAGUACAGGAGGAAAAUCCACUAAUAGCACUGGGAGUUAAGGUAACAGUGGCUAAAGUAGUAAUAGUACAAGUACUAAUAAUAAUCCUGGAAACAAGACUAGUAACGGAAAUCAAAGCAAUAACAGUACAUCUACAAAUCAAAAUCUAGGAAACUCUACAAAUACAAAUAGUGGUUCAAAGACUAAUAGUACUAAUAGUAACUCUAAUAGCACUAACAACUCUAGUUAAGGAGGAGGAGGAGGAAAUAAUUAAAAUCAAACAAAUACUAAUAAUAAUAAUAACUCUUCUGGAAACAAUGGCGGUAACUCAAAUAAAACAAAUAAUAACUGCAAUAAUUAAUAGUUUGGUAACUAUUCUUAAAAUAAUUCAUAAUAGCAAAAUCAAUAUUAUCAAUAAGGAAAUAAAAAUAGCUAUAUUGUAACAAAUUAUUCCACUUCUUUAGACUACAGUUUAAUACUCUUAUCACAAUACCUAUAUAGAUAUGCAAUAAUAGGAGAUAACGUUGGUGAAUAAGGUUUCUUAUAGAACUAGUAAUUAGGAUUAGAUACUUUAAACUUAGUAUAUACAAGUUCUAAGCAAGAUACAUUCAAUCAGCUUUAAAACACUUAGCAACAGCUUGAUUAGUUAAUGAUAAUUAUUAUUAUUAUCAAUGCUCUUUGUUUAUUGACUGUAUUCCCUCUUUAUUCUUUCAUUUAACAAAAAAGAUAGUAAAUUUUAAUAUUAUUUGGGACUUUUAACUCUGAAAAGCUAGAUAUGAAAAUUGCAUUACUAAGCAAAAUAUAUAAUCAAAAUAACGCUGUUUAUAGUUAAAUAGAAGUUAAUUAUUAGAAAUUUUUGAAGCGCUAAAUAUAGGCUUAUUAGAAAGUUGAUGAUAUAAGAAAGUAAAGUGUCAGUGAAACAUCAAAACUAUCUAAAAUUAACAAAGGAGUUAUCUUAUUAACAAUAAUAGUGUAUGGACUCUCAAUUAUAUAUCCUCUGUUAAAUAAAUUUGUAACCACUUAAUUCAUCAAUUAAUCUAAUUAGAAUACUGUGUUAGUUGCUAGCAUUUUUGAAAUUAAGGGAUUUAUGCUUGAGACUUUAGGUGAAAAUUAUUUAUCUAUGCUUUUAGCUGUAGCUCCUAAUAGAAAGUAAUACAAUCUUACCAGCCAAAUAGGAUAGCUUACAGCUAAUGUAGACAAAGGAAAUUAGCUUUUAACGAAUCUAUAAUCAACUAUUUAAAGCUAGCAAUAAUUUUAGAGAUAUUAACAAGACUUAUUUGAUAAUUUUUUGUUUCCUAUUUUGGAAGGAAAUAUCUGCGAUAUACUUUCAGCUUAUCCGUAAUAUGUUAGCUCAUAAAAUUAAAUAGAUUUAAAUGUUUGUAGGACUACUUAUGGAGGAAUGAUGACUUAAGGGCUCAUUAUUUCUCUAGUAGAUUUCUUUAAAUUUCUUGAAGACCUUUUAAAUUUAUAUAAUUUAAAUAACUCAACAUUAAUUUAAACUUAGUUUAAAUAAAUGCAGUAAUCUUUUGAUAUCAAUGAUUUUAAUACAUUUGAAACAUAUUUGACAAAAGUCAUUAGCAUCUUGAGAGAUUUUAUUUUACAAAACAGCUAAUAGUACUUAGAUUAUAUAAAUCAGUUUUAGCUUUCAAUACUAUUCUAUUAGCUUAUUGUAAUGGUUCUAGUUUUCUUAAUUGGGUGGAUAAGCUUUUAUAGCUAUUUAGAUUAUCAAAUUUAUGAAACAAAGUAAUUCCUUUCGCUUUUUGAUAUCAAUUUUCUUGUAGAAAACACUUAUGUAUAUAAUUAUUUAAAAUCUAAUGUUAAUUAUUGA